AUGCAUCAACCUAUCUGCCACAACUGCAUCAAGUCCAGGCAGCUUUGUCGUGGUUAUGGCGUCCAAUUGUCCUGGCCACGCGAGGGUGACAACAGGCGAGCGAUCGUACAUCACUUUUCUAAGCCCCUGCCCGUUAAGUCCCGAAUAUUCCGAGCAAGAAAGGCAGUGUUUUUGAACACGUCCUCGUGGGAUGUGUCCCUCUCUCAGGUUCUGCAGGAACAACAGAGUAUCGGUAAGGAUGAUCUGCGCAAUCAGCAACGCCUCGCUGACCUAGUAGAUGACUAUCUGCACGCGAUGCGUGUACCGCACCUGCCGUACCUUUCGUCGUCGUUUCUCUCGAGGAGCAAUGCUCGGCUGCUAGAUUACUUCAAUGAGUUUAGAUGGCGAAUCUUGGCGCCGAUUAUUGACGAGGAAUUGGCACAGUUCGUCAUGAAAGUUGCAUUGUUUGACCCGUCUUCGUCAAAUGUAGCACUCCAAGGGGUGCUGACGCUGUCUUCUUUGCAACUUCAGGGGCACUCACAGAGUCUGAUGUACCAGUCGCGCCUUGUCUCCAUGCUACAGGGGAAUAUAUUGAGACUGGACAGAGAGAGCGUACUGCAGAAUCUGAUUGCAACAAUGUUGCUGUAUCAAUACGAGGUUACAAAUAUGCCGUCAACAGGGCAACAGUGGAGUUUCUACCUGUGUGGCGCAAAAAAGAUCAUUCAUGCUGCCGCCGUCACUGCAAAAUUGCAUCAAAAUGACACGGCGAUUGUGAUGGAUUGGAUUUACUAUCAUGAGGUCAUGUCCGAGUUCAGCAUAAGGCAUUGGCUUGAAGCAGAUGCUGUGGACAAUUUCUGCAAGGGUCCGCUGGCGCAUCGGCCUGAGGACAUGCCCGUAGCAUAUCAGUCGACUGCCAGUGUUACAUGCCCCAUUGACGUCCUCGACUUAAUCCGGAAUGUUUGCAAGCGCCCGUCCCCUGGGGAUGCAGCCAUAAAGUACACCGACGCCGAGAUAAAAUGUAUCCAAGCUCUCCAAGCAAACAUUUACGGUGCCAUUGGCGACUACGGCCCCUUUACCGACACGUUGGGUUCCCUGCCCCGCCAAAAGGCGCUGGCACAUCUCUAUCGCUGCGCGGCGUUGAUUUAUGUUAAUCGCGUCGUGUUUAACUUGUCUCCGUUGUCGUUCUCUCACAAACGAUUAAUACGAGAAGGUAUUUUGCUGCUGCGGAAACUAGGUUCUUGCGAGAGUGCAUGGCCAUUGUUUAUAAUAGCCUGUGAAGCAAGCGAGGAUGAGCAAAGAAUGCAGAUAUGGGAUCUUUUGACAGAAACGGGUAGCGGAACACAGCGCAGGGGGACUCAUGUUCCGCUGAUUACGGGGAUGAUCGAAAGGAUCUGGAAGCAGAAUGAUUUAAAUGAUGGCGAGGUUGGGUAUAUCAAGACUCUGGAUGCAGUGGUCUCCAUGGCAGAGUCUUUGCCUCUAUUUGCUUAG